UCUAUGGUCCUGACAGGAGCUGCUAUAUACCACAGAUAUUACCACUACCUGUAUACCAGUUACCUGCCGGCUAGUCUGAGGGACCUGGUGGACCAGCUGUCUAACUGUGAAGACAUCCUGAUGAACUUCCUGGUGUCAGCUGUCACCAAGCUGCCGCCCAUCAAGGUCACCCAGAAGAAACAGUACAAGGAGACUAUGAUGGUGCAGACCUCUAGAGCGUCCCGGUGGGCCGACCAGACCACUUUGGCCAGCGACAGAGCUGCAUGA